AUGAUUAAGGUUACUGCUCUUGAACAGGCAAGAGUUAUCAUUAUUGAAGUUGAGGACAUUAUUGCACUGGACUGGGGAAGUUUUACGGAUAGAAGAACAACGUCUUCUAAGAUUGUGCUCUAUGGCGAGCUUGUCAUCGACUUCCACAAAAGAGCCUCAAAAAACGGACUUGUUUAUUCCGCAUUGGCCUUUUUAGCCAUCAUCACGCUUGAAUCAAACAUUGGUAUAACAUUUUCCGUUCUCGAGAUCCAGCCACGACGACGAAUGUAA